AUGGACGACGACUACAACCGACCCCAGCAGAGAAACAAGGUGAAGGGAGGGGAAACGAGAACGGGGGAAACGAGACACAAGACACUACCCCAAGCAGUUGUACAAGGGCCACCGCCCACCGUCCGCAUCGGCAACAGAACAGCGAGCCCAGGCCACCGCCAAAAGUGCGCCGAGUAUCCGCAACCCGCUUGGCUACGCCUGAUUCAGCCUCAUUCCUUUCUCAACUGGCAUGGAGCACGUGGAGAGACCAAGAAAUGCGCCCGGAGAAGGAUCGAGGACACGGAGCAAGAGGACUGA